GAAUUCCCAUCUCCUGCUGAUCCCUUCUCACAGGAGCCCUGAUUUGCUCGCCUCCCCAAGAAACAAAAAUGUCUUCCCUGGUUAUGGACGAGGACCUCAAGGCCAAGGCAGAGAUCUGCCAUGGGGACGAGAUUUGCAGGCAGAAAAUCUUAGAGCUUCUCAAGGAGUUGGAACUGCCCAAUGGCCUCCUCCCCUUGGAGGACAUCUUAGAAUUCGGGAUCAUCAGAGAGAACAGCUAUGUCUGGGUGAAGCAGAAGAAGAAAAAGGAGCACUGCUUCAAGAAGAUCGCCAAGUUGGCGAGCUACAACACAGAGGUCACAGCGCAUUUUGAGAAGGGCAAGUUCAAGAAGAUGACUGGGGUGAAGUGCAAGGAGCUGCUGAUCUGGGUGAACAUCACUGAGGUGUAUGUGGACGACACCAAGACUAAGCUCAACUUCAUUGGCCCAGGAGGAAUGACGAGGACCUUCCCCAUUUCUGCCUUCCAAAACGAGGAGAAGUAGACGCUUUCUCACCAUUAAGUCGUAUGUCAUAAAGGAAGCCGAAGAAGAAGUAAACGUGUUCUUGAUUUUACCUGGUUGGGGCUCGCUUUUAUGAUGACUAUCCAGAAAUGGAGCCCCUUAUUUUGCUUAUCUUUUUAACUUCUUCUGAUCUUCUUGAGUGUGGGGGACUGUUCUUAAUAAGCUCUAUAGAAGUAUAUAAAUAUGCAUAUUAUUAA